AUGGUCCCGUGCAACCUAAGCGAUGAUGAUCCACCUUAUUACGAUGAAUUGUACGAGAAUGAGGUUGAGUAUGAUAUUCGAAAUGAGGAGUAUGAUCUUCAUGAAGACGACGUUAUGCAUGGGGUUGAGGAUGAGGAUGAUCAAGCGGAAUCUGAGUUUGAGGGUGAACAUGGGCAUGAUAAUGGCAACGAUGAUGAGAUUAAUGAUCAACCCGAUAAUGGAUCCGAUCAACCUGGUAAUGAAGGUGAGCCUGUCUUCGAGGUGCAAUCAGUAAGUGCGAAUGCAUGUACUCAUACUGUUCAGGAAUUGCCUCGUUGUUCAACGCAGAAUAUCACAUCUACAGAUGCCAAAGAUUGUGUCGGUGACAUCGUCGUUGGGGGUAUUUUUCGCUCAAAGGAUGAGCUCCGCUUCAAAUUGUUGGUGUUGGCAAUGAAGCUUAAUUUUGAAUUUCGUGUAAAGAAGUCUACGAAGACUUUGUACAUAGUUGGAUGUAUUGAAGUAGGUUGCAAAUGGGGGUUGCAUGCGAAUAGGAUCAGAGGUGCUGAUUCGUUCACCAUUUCGAAGUAUACCGAUGUCCACAACUGCACACAGGAGGUACUCAACCAUGAUCAUAGACAAGCAAGAAGCUGGGUGGUUGGUCAGUUACUAAAGGCAAAUUUGGAGGAUGUAAGUAGACUGUACAGACCGAAAGAUAUAAUGACUGACAUGCGAAAGCAAUAUGGGGUCAAUAUUAGGUAUGAAAAGGCAUGGCGUGCGAAGGAAGUCGCAUUGAAUAUAUUGGUGGGAUCACCAAAAGAAUCAUAUAAUUGUUUACGUAGGUAUGAGGAGGCAUUAAAAGUUGUGAACACUGGUACGAUCUUUGAAAUGGAAUUGGAGGAAGACAAGUAUUUCAAGUACGCAUUCAUGGCGCUGGGUUGUUGUAUUAGGGGGUUCUCUAGUUGCAUCCGCCCAGUACUUGUGAUAGAUGGUGCACAUUUGAAGGGGAAAUACAAAGGGGUUAUCCUUACUGCUUCUUCUGUUGAUGGUAAUAAUCAGAUCUAUCCCAUAGCUUUUGGAAUUGUCGAUAUAGAAAGCRAUGCAUCAUGGUCCUGGUUUUUGGAGAGGUUGAAACAUUGUAUAGGAGAGGUGGAUGGGUUACUGUUCGUAUCAGACCGACACGUUUCCAUUACGAAAUCGGUCCGAGAGGUGUUUCCAGAGGCUGCACAUGGGAUUUGCAUGCAUCACUUGUCYAUGAACCUGAAGGACAAGUUCAAGAACGAUGACAUACAAGGAAUGUUCAUUUUGGCAGCUAAGGCAUUUCAGAAAUCCGUUUUUAGGUACUACUUUUCACAACUGGCAGGCUUCCCAGACGUUCAGAGGUACUUAGAAGGAAUCGGUUUUGAGAAAUGGACACGUGCAUUUCAGCCGAAAUUGAGGUACGACCAAAUGACAUCCAAUAACGCAGAGUCAAUAAAUGCAGUCCUCUCCCAUGCACGUGCUUUGCCAGUUACCGCGCUUCUUGAACAGGCGUGCGCUCUCGUUCAACGAUGGUUUUAYGAGAGGCGAACUUAUGCAUCUAGCAGAGAGACAAUUCUAACUGACUACGGAGAGGCAAAGAUGCGGGCCGCAGAGAACCUCUCUAGAAUUUACUCCAUCACACCCAUUGAUCUACACGAGCUGGAAGUACACGAUGGAUUGAAAAGGUAUCGUGUGAAUUUAAAUGCUAGAACCUGUGGAUGCAAAGAGUUUGACUUCUACGAGCUUCCAUGUUCGCAUGCUAUUGCUGCGGAAACGUUUCAGAAUGUCAACAGGUAUUCUCUAUGCUCGCCUGCAUACAGCCUCCAAACACUAAUUAACGCGUAUGCCGAAUMUGUGUAUCCUCUCGGGGACGAGGAAGAUUGGGUUUUACCUGAUAAUUUCGUCCACCGAAACGUUGAGCCACCGAAGAUAGUACAGCGACUAGGGAGAAGACAGACCGUACGUAUACCUUCGGCUGGAGAGACUCGCCAAGUCYACAAAUGCGGUCGUUGUGGAAACACUUGA